AGGAGCGAAACACCGAGCGAGGUCCACGUCCACGCACGGAUUGCUGCUGCAGCUCUCUUUGUCAGACCGUCCCAGUUUUGUGCGCAACCCGCUUCAAUUCUGCGACAUGGGUGCCCUCGAGUGACCUCCGAGAGUGCGUUCGUUUCCCUUGACUAAAAGUGCGCGCGCGGUUUUGUGUCCCCAGUUGCAGUGACCGACGACACCAUUAGUCACCAGUAUUUCAGCCUUUCCUCUGACAUAGCUUUCAGGCGGAAUGAUCAGCAUGGAAUUAGCACCGUCUCAUGGUAAUGUGCACUCACUGGUCACCGGUCACCAUCACGGAUCACUCCAGUUGCACUCGCUAGACUCGUCCGACUAUGACUCGAAGGAGUCCAUCUCCUCCCAGAAGGAGGGCAGCCAUGGGAUGGGACCCGAAGGCCACGGCGGUGUAAACCAGCUGGGCGGGGUGUUUGUCAACGGCAGACCUCUGCCGGACGUGGUCCGGCAGAGAAUCGUCGAACUGGCGCACAAUGGAGUCCGUCCCUGCGACAUAUCACGGCAGCUCAGAGUCUCCCACGGAUGUGUCUCGAAAAUACUAUCGAGAUACUACGAGACGGGGAGCUUCAAAGCAGGUGUGAUCGGCGGCAGCAAACCGAAAGUGGCGACGCCACCGGUGGUGGACGCGAUCGCCAACUACAAGCGCGAGAACCCGACCAUGUUCGCGUGGGAGAUCCGCGACCGGCUCCUCGCCGAGGGAAUCUGCUCGCAAGACAACGUGCCCAGCGUCAGCUCCAUCAACCGGAUCGUGCGCAACAAGGCCGCGGAGAAGGCCAAGCACGUGCACCAGCAGCAGCAACAGCAGCAGGGCCAGAACAACUCAGGGUCGGCGCCGCCGCAGACGAUAUCAGUGAUCACGCACGCACCCCCAGUCAUCAGCUCGUCGCCGCACGACACCACCACCCUUCAGAGAACAGGUUCCUAUAGCAUAAACGGAAUCUUGGGAAUAGCUCAAGCCGACCAGCACCUCACACCCACCAAGCGCAAGCGUGAGGAUCCCAUAGUUAUUUCUGACGAGAAUCGAGACUUGAACGGUCACACCGAGGAUGACAUCAAGAGAAACCGCACCCAAUACAACGGAGAUCCUCUCUACGCCAAUAUUUGGUCGUCGAAGCUGCUCGAUUUGGGCAACGCUGGCGCUGCAGGCAACGGCGGCUCGCCCUACAGCGUGCAGAGCUUCGUGUCCGACAACCAAGCAUUCCCGACCACCACCUCGGCCGACCUGUACGACUCCCUCUCUCAGAACACCCCCUCGUACAGCACCCCCCUCGCCGCCUCUCUUGGCAGUGGUAAUUUGACCCCGCUGGUGCCAAUCACCAUGCAGGAAAUGAAACCCACCGUAACCUCAUCGGGCGUGCUCGAUUCCUCGAUUUCUCCGUACCAAGACGGCGGCGCCACCGGUGGUUACCACAACACGUCGUCGCCGCUGAUGGCGGGCGCCGGCGGGCAGGUGUCGCCCGGCAUUCCGACCUCCAACACCUCCCCGAUGCCCCUCAUCCAGCACCAGGGCUCGCUGACGGUGCUGCAGCCGGCGCCGCCCACGUCGUCGCCGGUCACGGCGCCAGCGUACACGGUACUGCCCAGCUUCGGACAAUACGCCACCUCGACAGUGGGAAGCGCGCCGGGUACCGAGUACGCGUACAGCUCCACCUACUCGCAGUACGCAACCCCUUACAGCUCAUACGGAUACGGUGCCAGUGGUCUUCUUAUGCCGGCUGAGGUGUCCGGUCUGGACGGCGGCGGCAACGGCCUCCACCUGCAGCCGGACGAGUACGCCAUUGUGGAGCAGCAGGCGGUGAGCAGGUCGCCCCUGACGGCCAGCCGCCCCAGCAGCCGCCUCCUGGCCGCCUCGUCGCCCCCAGCGUCCGCUCGUCUUGCGUGAACUCGGACCAGUUCUCACCUGACUGAGUUCAGAUCUCACAGCAGCCAAAGAAAGAAAGAACGAAAGCGAAUUAUUAAAACACUGGACACAUGGCAGACGAAAUUCGAAGAGGGAAAAUAAAUCUAUAUAUAUAUUGGAUAAAUAUUAAAAAAACUAGAAGAUUGGAAAACUUCCACUUUUUCUGCAUUUUGGCCGGAAAAUUAAUUUUUACUCCAAGGAGGGAAGUUUCGGAAGUGAUUGGGUUAGGUGGACGAUAUUACUAUCUACGAUAGGCAGCAGCAUUGGGUGUGUGUGCGUGUCCAUAGUACAUUAUUAAGAAAGAAAGAAAGGAAGUGAAUGAAUGAAAAAAAAAUGUGGACGAUUGUAAAGUUAUAAACGCUAAUUAUUUUGCUACCUCCCGCGCCACAAGGAAAUAUUAUUAUAUUCUCUCGGAAGAGUUUUGUUAUCUUGUGUAAUUAUUAUAAUUAUAUAUUAUCGUAGUAACCACCCUGUGUAAUAUUAAGUUAAUGAUUUUGUCGCACCAAGUGCUGGAUCCGCACCAAAAACCUAGAGUUGAUUGAUUUGGUCACGUUGAUUUUUGUUCUCUACUCUGCUAGGGGCUGAUUCAUCUUUUUUUCUUGAAAAAAAGGCUGUUUUUCUCUCGGGCCGUCGUUCCUGCUUUAGUCAGUAAAUUUUAAAUUUAUAAUUUACUUUUCCGACUUUGGCUUUUCUUACUUAAUUUGAGGAGGGAAGCGGCGCGAGAGAGGAAAUAAUAACUAUAAUUAUACUCAUUUAGUUCAUUCUGCUUGAUUACCAAAGACACUAGUUUGAGAAAGGGAUGAUCAUUAAAUUAUUUAAAAUAUAUUUAAAAAAAAAAAUAGUCUCUGAGACGCUUUAAAUUUCGUUUUCAUUUUAAGUUGUAAUUGGAGAGUUUUUUUUUCCAAAAGACGAAAAAUUUGAAACGAAUAAAUGCGUAAUGAAAUCAAGUCUAGUGUGGAGUCUUAAGAUUAAUUGUGUAUGUACCAUAAAAAGUGAAAAUUUUUUAAUUUAAAACAAGAAGAAGGAGAAACGAUGACCAUCGCAGAUUUAAAUAUUCAUAUACACCGAUGCAUAUAUAAAUAUAUUUAUUUUUCAUGUCAUUUUGUAAAUACACACGCACCGUACUUUUGAGAUUUGUUUUUGUUUUGUACUUUUUCUUCGUUCGUCGAGAAACCUCUCUCUGUGUAAAGAAGAAAGAAUUUGCGCACUUAAGAAGUAUUAAUUAUACGCCCCGAGAAGAGUCGCCCACUGACAAUAUUCUAUCUAGAGCAAUUUAAUUAAUUAAUUUUAUUAUCGAGAAAAGUCGCCAAUGUUUUGUUUUGCGUAUAAAUUUAGACAAGAACACGAC